AUGGCGGACCUCAGCAAGCUCCCGAAAGACCACUACGUGACAUCCAUGCAGUUUACAAAGAACGCGCAACAGGAUGUGUACCCGGCGAUAGACCCCAGUCUCCCUGAGCAUAGUCUGGCUGGCAAAGUGGUGGUCAUUACUGGUGCUUCGCGAGGCAUCGGUGCUCUGGCAAUGGUCCCAGCGUUUGUCAAAGCUGGCGUUAAGGGUAUGGUCUUGUUAGCUUCUAAUGCGGAGAAGCUUGCCGCAACCGAGCUGUCGAUCAGGACAUCGAACCCAAGUAUCGAGACUCUUACUUGUGCUCUGGAUAUAUCCAACACAAAGGCAGUCGAGGCUGCCUUUGAACAGGUCAAGCAGAGGUUUGGCCAUGCUGAUUUCCUGAUUAACGCCGCUGGUGCCAUGACUGGUGACGGACCUAAACUCCACGAGACGGAUCCUGACGAGUGGUGGCGGAACUUCGAGAUCAAUGGCAAGGGCAACUACCUGCUGAUUCGCUCAUUUCUACGCCUCUUGCCUGGUCCAGACACACCUGCUGCUAUCGUCAACAUCAGCUCAUGGCAGGCCUUUUUCGUGGUCCCACCUCUCGGCGGGUACUUCAUGUCAAAGUUUAUUCUUGAUAAUCUGGCAACCUAUGUUGCCGCCGAGUACCCCAACGUGACUGCGGUGUCAAUGCAUCCUGGUCUCGUCCUAACUGAUAUGCUGCGCGAGCCUUUCCGUUCGCUCUUCAAUCAGGAUUCCCCAGAGUUGGUAGGAGGCACCACCGUCUGGCUUUGCCAAGAAAAGGCAAAGUUUCUGAGUGGGAGGUUCAUCGCGGCUAACUGGAAUGUCAAUGAUCUGCUGGAGAGAAAGGACGAGAUCGUUAGAGAUGAUCUCUUGAAGCUGACCUUGCAGGGGCAAUUUGGGAAGAACGCGGUCUGA